UGCACUUUGAUUUUCGUUUACGAUAAGCUUAAACCCCUGUCAGCGGUUAGUUGGGAGGAAUGGUGGACGUAUGAUGGCAUCUCCGGGCCCGCCUUCUGGGGCUUGAUCAACCCGGAGUGGUCGCUGUGCAACAAGGGACGUCGACAAUCGCCGGUCAACCUGGAGCCGCAGCGUCUGCUGUUCGACCCGAACCUCCGCACGCUGCACAUCGACAAGCACCGAAUCAGCGGGACGAUCGCUAACACGGGCCACAGCGUCAUCUUCACGGCGGACAACGAGACCAUCUCGGCGUACGGGACGCCGCAGGUGCCCGUCAACCUGACCGGCGGGCCCCUCUCGUACCGGUACCGGUUUCACGAGAUCCACAUCCACUACGGCCUGCACGACCAGUUCGGUUCGGAGCACAGCGUCGAGGGUUACACCUUCCCGGCCGAGAUACAGAUCUUCGGCUACAACUCGCAGCUGUACGCUAACUUCAGCGACGCGCUGUACCGGGCGCAAGGGAUUGUCGGCGUCGCCAUCCUGCUGCAGCUGGGCGACCUCUCCAACCCGGAGCUGCGCAUGCUGACCGACCAGCUGGACCGGAUCCGGUACGGCGGCGACGAGGCGACGGUGCGACGCAUCUCCGUGCGCGACCUGCUGCCCGACACCGAGCACUACAUGACGUACGAGGGCUCCACGACGGCGCCGGCCUGCUACGAAACCGUCACCUGGAUCGUCAUGAACAAACCUAUCUACAUCACCAAGCAGCAGCUACACGCACUGCGGAGGCUCAUGCAGGGCGGACCGGAUCACCCGAAGGCGCCGCUCGGCAACAACUUCCGGCCACCGCAGCCACUGCUGCACCGUCCCGUGCGGACGAACAUUGACUUUCGAAACAAACUGGAAAAAGGGGGAAAAAUAUGUGCAACUAUGUACAAGGACGUUCACUAUAAAGCUAAUAGCUGGAAACACAACUGA